AAAGGCAUAUAUUUUUUUUUUUAUUUUCUACGGCUUUUACACAUCAUGGACUUCCCGGUUAAUAUAAUUUCGGCUAGUGCUUUCGGUUCUUUUGGCGACAUAUAUAGGUUCGAGGAUGGCAGCGGAGAUGCGCGUGGUCCAUUGUUAUUGGGCAGAAGCAGCUACUGUGGAUUCCGCAGAGUUCAAGGUCAAGGGCUAGACCAGAACGAAACUGAAGAAGGUGGCGUUGGUGGACAUCGUGACGUGAGUAGACGCCACAGUGUGACCACAAUGGCAACGGCCACAACCAUGGCGGCAUCUUCAACCAUGAUAUUGAGCUCGAGGUCAAGUCGUUUCGGGUUAGCCGAAAUGAACAGAAAUGUGGCCAUCGAUGGAUAUUGGUAAACAGCGACAACAACAAUAUCAUCGACAACAGACUGGCAUAUCCAUGAGCUUCAGUAUGUUAUUGGCCAGGAGUUUGACAG